AAAAAAACGGAGCUAACCCAAUAACAAGCGGGAAGGAGCGGGUCUGUGGUGGUUCAGUAAUCGUAGCAUCGCAUUUCUCUCAUAAUAGAAUAUUUAGCUAGUCUGUCAGCUAGCUAAAUAAGGAUCUAAGAGACAACAUGCCGCGAGAAAUAAUAACGCUUCAGCUCGGACAGUGUGGAAAUCAAAUUGGUUUUGAGUUUUGGAAGCAGCUGUGUGCAGAACAUGGCAUCAGCCCGGAAGGCAUCGUGGAGGAGUUUGCAACUGAAGGGACAGACAGAAAAGACGUGUUCUUCUAUCAGGCUGAUGAUGAGCAUUACAUCCCUCGUGCGGUUCUUCUAGACCUCGAACCGCGUGUGAUUCACUCCAUCCUGAACUCUCCUUAUGCAAACCUGUACAACCCAGAAAACAUCUACCUGUCCGAGCAUGGUGGAGGUGCUGGGAACAACUGGGCCAGUGGAUAUUCUCAGGGCAAGAAAAUUCAGGAGGACAUCUUUGACAUCAUUGAUCGAGAGGCAGAUGGCAGCGACAGUUUGGAGGGAUUCGUGCUGUGCCAUUCAAUCGCCGGGGGGACCGGCUCAGGACUGGGAUCGUACCUGCUGGAGAAACUGAACGACAGGUACCCAAAGAAACUGGUGCAGACGUACUCCGUUUUCCCGAACCAGGACGAGAUGAGCGACGUGGUCGUUCAGCCGUACAACUCGCUGCUCACGCUGAAGAGGCUCACCCAGAAUGCAGACUGUGUGGUGGUGCUUGAUAACACGGCUCUGAAUCGUAUCGCCACAGACAGGUUGCAUAUCCAGAAUCCCUCGUUCUCCCAGAUUAAUCAGCUGGUUUCCACCAUCAUGUCUGCGAGCACGACCACCCUGCGUUACCCGGGCUAUAUGAACAACGACCUGAUCGGUCUGAUUGCUUCUCUCAUCCCCACCCCUCGUCUCCACUUCCUCAUGACUGGAUACACCCCACUCACCACUGACCAGUCGGUUGCUAGUGUGAGGAAGACCACGGUGCUGGAUGUGAUGAGGAGGCUUCUGCAGCCUAAGAACGUGAUGGUGUCCACAGGAAGAGAACGGCAGCCCAGCCACUGCUACAUCGCCAUCCUGAACAUCAUCCAGGGAGAGGUUGACCCCACGCAGGUGCAUAAAAGCCUUCAAAGGAUCCGGGAGCGCAAACUUGCCAACUUCAUCCCCUGGGGUCCUGCCAGCAUCCAGGUGGCUUUAUCCAGGAGGUCCCCGUACCUGGCGUCUGCUCACAGAGUCAGCGGCCUGAUGAUGGCCAACCACACAAGCAUCUCCUCCCUGUUUGAGCGGACGUGCCGGCAGUACGACAAACUGCGAAAGCGCGAGGCCUUCCUGGAGCAGUUCCGUAAAGAGGAUAUGUUCAAGGACAACUUUGAUGAGCUGGACAACUCUCGUGAAGUUGUCCAGCAGCUGGUGGACGAGUACACCGCCGCAACACGGCCCGAUUACAUUUCCUGGGGCACGCAGGAGCAGUGAACAGACUUUGGAUUCUGCUACAGUUCACUCAGGAUUCACGCUAAUUUAUCCCACAUUAGCUCUCGACGUUUAUCCUACAGUCGUGUCUCAGUUGUUAAGAGUGUAGCUGCUUGUUUUGACAAUUAUUUAUUGGUAUGUGAUAAAGGUGCUGGCUCUUUAAAAGGGAAACAAAAGCAAUUUAAAAACGGGGAUUGAUGUUAAUACUGACUUUCAAAUUAACCAAAGUCUUUUCCUAAAAAAAAAUCUAAUCCCUACUUGGUUUAUAAAUAAUCAUUUGUAUAAAUAUUUCAUUAAAAGUACUAAUAUAUGAAACAAAACUUGUUUUUGACACAAUCCCUAGUUUUCCUGUUCCACACCUCUCAUAGAUUCACUUUUUUCCCAGCAAUGUUUAACUUGUUGCCUUCUGCUCUAUUUUUUUAUACAGAGUACAGUCUAGUUUUGUGACCUGGGUUUACAGGAACAUCCCUACAGAAUGUAGGAAAGACAGAAUGCAUAGCUUUAUGGUUAAUGUAGAUUUCUACCAUACCUCACAUUUCUCACAUUGUGCAUUGUACCAUCUGUUUGCUGCUGAUACUCUGCUUAUGUUGUCACUGUUUAUGACAAGCGAGAAUGUUAGUUUGAAGUUAGGCUGGUGUUAAAUAUGACAUUUAAACUGUUUGGAAGCAUUUGUUGGUUAAAAUAACAGUGUUCAAUGUUAAAACUGACACUUACUGUGUGUAAAUACUGUAUACUUUAAAGAAUAGUUGGCUCACUGGCAUCCUCUGUAGUGUUUAAAGAGAAUAUACUAUCUCCUGUUGCUUUGCUUGUUGGACCUGUAAGAAAAAUAAACUUGUUCUUUUUUUUUUAUUAA